GCUGAACGCCGCGGCGCCGCAGCAGUUCAGGGCGGGCGGAGAACAGGUGAGUUAGUGCUGCUGCGUGGAGACAAUGCUGCCUGGCUGGACGAGCGUCCUGAUGCUGCUGCUGCUGCUGCUGCAGGCGGCCCGGAGCCGGGCCCAGAGCGGGGACCGCGACCCGGACUCAGAACCGGGCCUCAGCUGCAGCUCUCAUGUCAGCGUCUCUGCGAACAACCUGACCUGCCAGGUGCUGGGUCGCCACGGAGACGAGGACGACGAGGACGGAGACAGAGACGCCAUCGACAAGAUGAUCGUGUGCCAGGUGAGGAGGCAGAACGACAGGACGGUGGAGAAAUGUGUGAGGACUCACGGAGACACGGUGAGCGGUCUGUGUCCGGUGGCCGUCGCCAACGUGACGGUCCACCGGCGGGGAGGAGGACGGCUUUCGGCCACCGUCCUGCUGCAGAAGAUCGUGAAGCCCAGAAGUCCGUGGAUCGUCAACGUGACGAUGGAUCCGGUGAUGAACCGGGCUGUGAUCUACUUCCAGAUCCCCUACAGGAAAGAUUACCUGAAUCUGAACACCCAGAGCUUCCAGCUCAACCUGUGGACCGACGGCAGCAACAUGACCCAGAACGUCUCGUCUAAGGACUCCCUGCAGAUCGACAGGCAGCACCUCCGUCAGGACUCUGAGUACCGGGUCAGGGUCCGGUCCAUCCCGGUCGGAGUUCUGCAGGGAACCUGGAGCGCCUGGAGCCCCGAGUUCUCCUUCCACACGCCGCCCGCAGAGGAGAAGCCGCCGAGUCCAGACGAGUCGGAGCGGACCGUCUCCCAACUCGUCCUGAGCUCCGUGUCUGUGCUGGUGGUUCUGUGCUGCAUCGUCGUCUUCUGGAAGACGGGGAUCUUCUCCUACAUGUGGCCCAGCAUCCCGCACCCCAAGCAGGCGCUGGUCCAGAUCUGCAAACCCAACAAGGGCCUGCUGCUGGACCUCCACCACGAAGUCUUCAGUUCCCUGCGCGUCCUGCCGCUGGAGAAGCUGCAGGCGGAGGAGGCGGAGCCACGCAGGAGGCCCUCCGGAACCGGGACCGGGUCCGCCGCCGGGUCCCAGUCCGGAUCCCAGUCCGACGCCGGGUCCCAGUUGGGAUCCGGCUCCGGCUCCUCCCACAGCAGCGCCUCCAGCGCCGGCACCGAGGAGCUGGAGGUCUCGGCGCUGCUGAGCUGCGAGGACGGCUGCGUCCCCGGCGGCGCCCCGUCCCCCGUCGACGUCCCGCGGCCCGAAGACAAGUCCCAGAACCUCCUGGGUCGGCGCGGCGGCCCGGGGCAGGAGGAGGCCUACGUCACCAUGUCCAGCUUCUACCAGAACCAGUAGCACAGCGCCACCAGCUGGACGACCGACGUCUCAUCUGUCCUUCUGUUGCCUCUGCUGGACUCAUACGACCUUUGACCCUUCCUCAGGCAUCUCUGUUUAUUCAUCAGGGCUCCUGUCAGUAUUUGACCUUUGACCUCAUAUUGCUGCUUCCUGACUGGACCCGGUCGGUGGGAUCCCAGUCCCCCAGAACCUGAGAACAACCAGUUCCUCUUACUGGUCCCAGCGCUCACAUUCACACUAACAGGACGAGUCACAUGGCCGACGGCAGCCAAUCAGAGCCCAGCUUCUCCUCUGACUGUCUCUGAUUGGCUCAGGAAACGAUUUGGUUUUAGUUUGAUCCAAUAAGAGCCUGAAUGAGGAUAAAAAUGAUUUAAUAUGCAGAAUAAAGUUAUAAUAUUAUCAGAAUAAAAACGUUAUCAGAUAUUAUCAGAUAAACGGCUCACUGAUAAUCUGAGGCUGAUAUGAUAAAACAUGAAACAUUUUCUUAUUUAUAAAAUCCAUAAAGAUGUUCCUCAUUUUAACACAAAGAUAAGAUAAAAAAAAAACACUUUAAAUGGAGGAACUUUAAUAAAAUCACAAGAUCA